AAUAUCCAAACAACAAUUUACAACUGCUAAAAUUAUUUUUGGUUUAGUUUUCUCCCAACCCCUAUUUCCUAUCUUAUUGUUGGGAGGAAAACAAAUUCUCUAUAUUGUUCGAGAUUAUUUACAACUAAUUUAAUGUAUGUAUAAUUGUAAUGGUUGAUCUUAAAUCAUUAUUCGAGAAUAAACUUUAGUAGUCCAGACUCAAAUGACAAAAGUAAUUAAUAAAAAACAAAAAAUUAGUCCAUAACCUAUAACAUUUCUAAUUUAUCUCAACAACUACCAAACCCAAAACUAAAACAUGCUAUUUUUAGCUUUCAAAUAUUACGUGGGUUAACCCAUAUACAGACCAAAAGAGAUACCAAAGGAAAUAUAUCUUUUCAUUUGCCGUAAUACGGUGGUGGACGAGGCUGAGCCACCAACACCGGCUAUCUCCCCCACCAUCAUCCAUAACAUUGAUCUUUUAAGAAAUGUCAAUGCUAGCACCCCCAUUCCACCUCCUAGAAAUCAACAUCAUAUCAGCACAAGACCUAUCCCCCGUUUCAAAAUCAAUCAAAGCCUACGCCGUAGCGUGGCUCGAUCCACAACGCAAAUUAACUACCCAAAUUGACCCUCACGCUCACAACAACCCUACAUGGAACGAAAAAUUCGUUUUCCGCGUCGACGACGAUUUUCUCCAGUCCGAAGAUUCCGCUAUCGUCAUCGAAAUCUACUCCUCCGCUUGGCUCCGUGAUAUUCUAAUCGGAACCGUCGCCGUUAAUCUCAAUAACCUCUUACCUCGUUUAUAUAACCGCAAAUCGAAGAUCCGUUUCGUCGCUUUACAGGUUCGUCGUCCCUCCGGUCGUCCUCAGGGGAUUCUAAACAUCGGCGUUAACCUCGUCGACGCUACAAUGCGAAGCAUGCCGAUGUAUUCAGAGCUUAGUUCAUCCGCCGUUGAAUAUCACGAUCUAAUGAACCCUAAAAAAAUUCAAAACCACGAAAAUGAAAACAACGCAUGCGAUUCGAAAUUGAUGACGCUUCAGCGAUCUCAGAGCGAGAAAAACGAUUCCACGAUUAACGAUUAUACUUAUAAUCCUAACGGAAAAAACGGUUACGGCGGUGUUGAGAAUUCCGAAUCGGAAAUCGGAGUUCCGACUGGGAAGAAAGGUGUGAUCAUGAACGCGAACGGUUCGCUUUGUUCGGACGUCGGACCUUCGCCAUCGGUGGUGGCGGCGGCGAUAGCGAAAGGAUUGUAUCCAUUGCCGUUGCCGGUUCCACGGAAGGCGGCGAAUCCGAUGUUCGAUAAGAUGGACCGGUGGAGAACGAUGGAGUUACCGGUGGUGUAUGAUCAUUUGGGGAAGAACAAUUGUAAUGGUGAGAAGAUGGGGAUGAAACAAACAGGGGAAGGGAACAAAAAGGGGUCACGGCAAGGGUUGUUUUCUUGUUUUGGAACAGCAUUAGGGUGUGAGAUAUCGAUUACUUGUGGUGGGGGUAACCGUAAUAAUAAGAAGAGGUAUGAUGGUACUAAGCCUCGUGUUGUUACUGCAUCUGAACUCUCUUAUGAUGGAUCCUCUUAUAUUUGAUUUAUCAUCUGCUGCAUGUUGUGUUGUUGUAAAAUAAAAUUCAUAUAGUUGUGCUUCAUUUUUAUAUAUAGUUUGGAUUAGAAAUAGUAAUGUGAUUCACCACGGGAUGUAUAAAAUGUAUGUCUCUUGUCUCCUCUGUUCAUUCUUUUAUUUUUAUUUUUAUACAGUUUCUUUAAUUUGUUGAGGAUAGGAUAAUGUAUAUUGACAUUGACUAAUGAUUUAAUUAACACUUGUACCA